AUGGUGCCUAUGGCCAUCAUUGAGUUUUCGGCCUUGGUGGAGAAGGCAAAAAUUGUUGAGCGGUUGGAAGGUGGCAACCGUGUGACUAAGAAUGCUGAGGGACCAGCUAGAGGAGGGAGACAGCGUAGAGGUGCCACUCUUAGAUGCUACAGGUGUGUUGGACCCCACUUUGUUAGGGAUUGUCCACACACGGAGAGCCAAUGUUUCAGGUGCCAUCAGAUGGGUCAUGAGUUGACCAACUGUCCCGCCAGAAAUAGAUUGGAGAGGGGUGCUCAGAGGGGUGACAGGCCUGCUACUGCUGGGAGAGUAUUCGCCUUGACUAGGGCUGAGACUUCAAUUUCUUCUGAUCUUGUGAAAGGGAAGGGUAAAGCUGCUGGUAAGGAUGUGAUGUUUUUGUUUGAUUUUGGAGCUUCCCACUCCUUUAUCUCUUAUGCAUGUGCUGCUAUGCUUGGUGUGCUGAUGUGUGAUUUCAGGUUGAGAUUGCUAGUGUCGACGCCCGCUUCUACUUCGGUAGUUUCUUUUGAGUUGUGUGUUGGAUGUCCUAUUGUGGUGAAUGAGAAGAGGUAUAAGGUGGAGGAAGAGCUAUUGAUUUCAGCUGGCCAAGCUGAAUCAUUAUUGAGAGAUGGAGCAUAG